AUGUCUGAAGCCCAGGCCAUAAGUACCAAGGUUUCUGAGCCAAUCUUCAACUGUACACAACAUGGUGUCACGCCAGAAAUGCUGUAUGACUGGAUCAACAUGCUGCUGAAAAAGAACGCUGAACAUGUACAGUCCGCUAAACCAUGCCAGGGAUCAUGUAUUCUGAUGGACAGCGUCCAGUUUCUAUUCCUGACAUGUGAGAAGCUGAAGAUGUCACCAGAGGUCAAAUAUCUUAGCAUAGAGCUCUUUGACAGGUUUAUGCUACAGCAUGUACGAGACCUCCAUGACCAUGUGAUCAAGAACUGCCAGGCAAAGACUCGCAGUCGUGAGUGGACCGAUAUCAAGAAGCGUGUUACCAACCAGGUUGUUCUGCGUAUCGUCUCCUGUGUGCAGAUUGCCAGCAAGAUGACAUCACAUUACAGGAUCCUGAGCCCAGCCAAGGCUCGUCGUUACCUCCAGGAGGCCGGCCAUAGGUACAACACUGAGUCCAUCCUGCAGUCUGAACUGCGCGUGCUGAAGACCCUCAAUUUUAAGGUGGCUCUGCCCUCUCCUCUUGUGUACAUGGAGGCGGUUUUGGAGGCCAUAGGUCUAGCAGAGAGUAAGAUAGCCCUGCCUCCACUCUAUACCCUUUGUCAAAGUCUGCAGGACCUGGUGUACCUCCAGUAUGAAGGGGUCUACAGUAAACUACAUCAGGUGGCUGCUGGCGGCUCUCCCAUUACUGGUAAAGACAGGGAGAGUUUUGCGUGUGUACGGGCGGACAAAAUGCUCAUGACUGUUGCUAUAGUUACAGCAGCUGCCUACAUUGUGGACAGGGACAACCACGAUAGGGUGUUACAACUUGUGAGUGAGCUGACCAGUAUCCCAGAUGAGGACAUUGCAGACUUUGCCUCCAUCAUCCUGCAACUUGUCAUGGAGAACAGUGAGGACUGACCAGCACUCAAUACUGACCAAACUUGUUUCCAUUAUCAAGAUUAUUAAAGAAACUAAGAAAUAUAUAACAAAUUUCAUGUUCAUGAAACCUAAAAACAUAAAGAUUGGCUUAAAUGUUUAGAUAGUUCACGGUUUUUGUGGUUCAAAUGACUUUGACUACAAACAUACCAAAGAGAAUUUCUUAUACACCACAUUUAACAUCUUCAUCCAAACACCUA